AUGAAAAAGUGUCUCUUUGCAGCCAGCGGCCUGCUUAUCAUCCUUAGAAAUCCGGAUUGCAAUGCACCAUCUGCGCUUUGUGGAGAAAGCCCGGGUAACUCUGUUGCCCAAUUAAGGUGUGGUGUUUUUGUGGUGCAGGUUUUGUGGGGUCGACAUCGGAUUAGUCUCGUGCUUCCAAAUGCACGAUUUCCGAUCCUAAUAAUGCGGAAGAUUAUGGUGAGGCGUGUUCUCCCAGCACUGGCAGCACUACCAGUUAUGUCACUCAUCAUAUGUGUUACCUGGACUAUAGUUGAAGAUCCCUCUGGUCUGACACGUACACACUGUGCCAUUCCAAACUAUAUUCCCUCUUUGAGUGCGUCAGUUGCCUCUGGCCUGAGGAAGCGCAUUUGGAUAGGCAGUAUCGGUCCACUACUGGUUGCAUUUAGUAGAGAUUUUAUGCCUCUUUUCACUGACUAUCUUCACUUCAAGGGAAAACUUUCAAAUACAUCGGAAUGCCUUCAGCCUUUUCGUUAUAUCGUGUGCGCUCUUUGGAUUUUUGGAUCUACACGUCUUGAGGGGGCUUCGGAGCACGUGCCCUUCUUUGGUAUGAAAACGAAAUAUAUCCACUCAAUUAAGUGGAAGCACCAUUUUUAUGCUAUCAUGACAGUGUCAAUAGUGCUUUCUGCCGUCUGCUACCUUCUGCACAAUCGUUACUGCAUCUCUCACCUUUACUCCGUGUUCGCGCUUUUUGAACACAUCUUCAUACUGGCCAACUUAGCCUUUCACUACCAUGUCAUUGAUGUGAUUGGAGACUUGCCAUUAGUAUUCUUUGACCCAGUUACUCACACUCUUUCUCUUGACGUCAUAUCGUGA